UUUUGAACAAUUAAAUUGUGUAUGUCGACGUUCACCUAACAAAAAAGAUCUUAGAACAUGCUAUGAAAAAGUCAGAUUUAAACGAUUUUUUGAAAGACAUUUUCAAAUAAGAGCAUUAGAAAAAUCAAAACUCGAAUUAUUUUUAAAAGCACAAUUAGUAGUUUUUGAAAUUAUAGACGAUAAAUUAGAAGUUCAUAAAAGACAUAAUUAUAGAUAUUGUUAUAACCAUUCUUUUCCCCUUUGUAAACCUGCAUUUUUAAAACUUUAUUGGAUAAAUGAUUAUUUUCUUUCAGCAAUACAAGAACAUUUACAAAAUGAAGAUAUAACAGAAAGGAUUCAUGAUAAUACUAGCCAUGUACCUAAAGUAAAAAGCAUAUUUCUUGAUUCUAGUGUUACAUUUCCCGUUAAACAUUUUCUAGAACAAUAUAGAGCUAUUAAUGAAUUAUCGUUGCCAAUGAGACACAAAAAUGAAUCAGAACCGUUUAUUUACUUACCUACUGGAAGCACUUAUGUUUCUGUUUAUAAUGAAUUUAAAAAACACUUUUAUAGUGAAAAUGAUCAAAAUGAAAAAAUUAUUUCUUAUUUUACUUUUAGAAAACUUUGGCAAGAAGUAAUUCCUCAUCUUAAAUUUCAAUUACCCGCGAGCGAUCUUUGUGAAGUUUGUAAAAGUUUUAAAGCAAAAUUAUUAGUAGUGAAGUCUAAUAAAAAUGAAUAUGAUCAAAUUAAAGUUCAAUAUAAUCAGCAUCGUGAGGCAGCAAAUCAGGAAAGACAAUAUUACAACAAUAAUAUAAAUAAAAGUAGAUCUAUAGUGGUGACAGCUCAAGGUAGUAACGAAAACAAAAAACCUAUGAAGAGAGAAAAAGAUAAAGAAUCUAUAAUGAUGGGUAGAUUUGCAGUAGCAGUAGCUACAGAGCUAAGAACUCAAGGCAAAAACAAAAAGUAUAAAUCACUUUAA